AAUACUGAAAGCAAAAUACAACCGCUGUUGGUAAAAUAGUAGUAGUCAGUAGUCGGAAAACAACAUUGAUUGUACGCAAUAUGCAACCUACAUCCGAAUGUGUUGUUGAUUGUGUGGACAAAAGGGGAAGAGGUACAGAUCUUAAAUCACUCGUGAACGACCAGAUCUGCUCAGUUAUUGUUUGUCCUACGGCUCAGAGGAAAAUAUUCGGGGCCCCAGAGCACACUCGUCCGCAGGUGUCAAACUUUGAUGACCAGUGGAGCAGUGAGUCGGAGGGAGAGAGGGGUUUGAAUGAGUUUCAGAGGAAGAUGAGAAGAGAACAUCAGCGGGCACUCGCCUCUGUUAACAAGGCUUGCGUCGUCGUGGAGAGAAACCGCAGGAAACGGAUAACUGUGAGCUGUAAUAAACUCCGGCAGCUCCUGCCCCAGGUCUCUGGGGUGCGCAGAGACAUGGUUACUGUGCUGGAGAUGACCGUGGCGUUUCUGGAAUACGUUAACCAAGCAACCCUAGGAUACCUUCACAGGGAGCCCCCGGAUGAUCUAUGUCGCUGGUGGCUGUCGGAGACUCGUCAGAGGAGAAGGCUGAGCCAAAGACCGGGCUGCGUGGAGGAGAGGACCACCUGCAGUUUCAGAGCCAGGAAGAACUCCUCUGCUUUGAAUGCUGUGCGUGGAGAGAAGUUGAGCAGCAGAGUGACUGAACCAGGCCCUCUGAACACACCUAGAAGGCUGUCUGGCAUUUCAUCACCGCAUUCAACCCUGAAAUUCUACGCUCCCUCAUUCUGGUACUCCCCAACAUUGUCACCCAUGACUAGUGGAAACCCACCACAAAUCAGCAGGGAUUGCUCCUCCCCAACAGAGGACGGAGGGCUGACCAGACUCAGCCCGUCCGGUGGAGGACACUCUCCGUUUGUUGGAGGACAUGUCCUGUGUGUCGAAGUGCUCCGAUAGAACACAUGCAUCUAAGUCUCCUCACAGCCUUCAAGUGGCAUGCAUUUUCAAACCUUGCAUCCGGUCUUUAAUGUGUGCCAUUAGGAGGGGCACAUGUAUUUCAGUGCACAUUCCUGUUUUCAUCCUGUAUUACUGUUCACUUCUCAACUGAAAUACAUGGGUAUUCACUUGCCUUUCAUUUGUCGCUAUUCUUUCCUUUAGUCUGUUCAUAUUUGUGCAGGAAUGCAGAAUAAAUAUAAAUGAUGCAGCAA